AUGUUCCUCAGGCGAGGGCACAAAGUGCCAUCCCGGAUGCAGCUUUUCGGACAAGCAACAAGCGUCCAACGAGUUUCGAACAAGCAGCUAUUGCGCACCUGCAAUAAAUAA